AGAAGAAGAAGAAAGAAAAAACAAACAAAAAACAAAACCAAAAAGAAAAAAAUAGAACUAAAGAAAGAAAAAAAAUACCCAGAUGGAAAAUGGGGAUGAUUUUAGCCAAGUUCACUUUCACUAUGGUUUCAGCUUAGAAAACAAAGAAAUUUGGGAUUUCUGAUUCUGGGUCCGCUCAGGUUGAAGGUAAUUUGAUUUCCAUUAUUUUUAAUGGAGGUUCUGUGAGGCCAUACUUGUACUCAGUAUAAAAAGCGAGCUCCCCAGCAGAGGAGAGAGAAACAGAGAGGUGCGACAGUUUGGUGAGGAAGAGAAUAAUAUAAUAUGAAAAGGGAGACAAAGCCAGAGAGGAAUAGAGUCACAGAGAGAGAGAAAGAAGACGACAUAGUGGGAGUGUGCAAUAGUAAAAGGGUAUAGGGGAAGGCGAGCGAAUAGGGAGACAGGAAAGUCAGGGGAGUAUCCCAGAAAAUCCUUCAAAAUCUUUAAAAAUUUGAUACCAAUUUGCUCUCCUCCAACCACCAAGCAAAAGGGGGAAGAAGAAAUAGAAGAAAACCCAUGUGAAAUUCUGCUGUAAAAGCCACUCUGGAUCGACUGUGGAGGAGCCUUCUUCAUCGUCUUCCUCCUCCAUCUCUGGAAAUCAUUUGCAAACAUUGCCUCUUUUUUAUACCCAGAAGGCUUUUCAUAGAAAUUUUCAGAAAAUAAAGGGAGCUGAAGAAUGCUGCUCGGUCGUCGGGGUUGGUCUAGUUUUGGUAAGGGAAUGAAGUAGAACAAGAAGUGAAAGAGGAAGGCGAAGCAGAGGUUUCUGGAAGAUGGGUAUGAAAAUGCAGCAAAGUCACAAUUCUGUGGCCAUGAAGUGGAAUGAGCAAAUGGGAACAACAAAGAAGGGCUACACAUUUGUUCAAGCUAACAGGGCUUGGCUUCGAAAGUAUCUUCUGCUCUGGAUUAUGGGGAUGGCGUUUAUCAGUAUGAUAAUCUAUAAUGGAAUGGAUGCUGAUAAUAAAGUGAGAAGGAACGAAGUGUUGGAGAGCAUGUGUGAGCAGAGGGCAAGGAUGUUGCAGGAUCAAUUCAGUGUUAGUGUUAACCAUGUUCAUGCCUUGGCUGUCCUUGUUUCCACCUUUCAUUACUUCAAGAACCCUUCUGCAAUUGAUCAGGAAACUUUUGCCGAAUACACAGCCAGAACUGCUUUCGAACGGCCUCUUCUCAGUGGGGUGGCAUAUGCUCAAAGAGUGGUUCAUUCAGAGAGGGAGAUAUUUGAAAAGCAACAUGGGUGGAUGAUAAAAACAAUGAAAAGAGAACCUUCGCCGAUUCGUGAUGAAUAUGCACCAGUGAUAUUUUCUCAAGAAACAGUCUCUUACAUCGAAUCACUGGAUAUGAUGUCAGGAGAGGAGGACCGUGAAAAUAUUUUGAGGGCUAGAGCAACAGGGAAGGCUGUUUUAACGAGCCCCUUCAGGCUGCUAGGUUCUCAUCAUCUUGGAGUUGUUUUGACGUUCCCUGUUUACAAAUCCAAAUUGUCAUCAAAACCAACCGAAGAAGAACGUAUACAAGCAACAGCAGGCUAUGUUGGUGGGGCGUUUGACGUCGAGUCCCUCGUGGAGAACUUACUAGGCCAGCUUGCUGGGAAUCAAGCCAUUUUGGUGAAUGUAUAUGAUAUCACAAACUCUUCUGAUCCCCUUGUCAUGUAUGGCCAUCAAUAUCACGAUGGUGACCUGUCUCUUUUGCAUGAGAGUAACCUUGAUUUUGGAGAUCCAUUCAGGAAGCAUCUGAUGGUUUGUAGAUAUCAGCAGAAGGCUCCCACAUCCUGGACUGCUCUAACUACUGCAUUCUUAUUCUUCGUGAUUGGGUUAUUAGUUGGCUACAUUUUGUACGGUGCAGCCACUCACAUUGUGAAGGUUGAAGAUGAUUUCCAUAAGAUGCAAGUUCUGAAAGUUCGAGCGGAAGCUGCUGAUGUAGCAAAAUCCCAGUUUCUUGCAACUGUUUCCCAUGAAAUUAGGACACCAAUGAAUGGCAUCCUCGGAAUGCUUGCUCUGCUUCUGGAUACAGAUUUAAGUUCAACUCAGAAGGAUUAUGCUCAGACUGCUCAGGCUUGUGGAAAGGCACUGAUCCAAUUAAUUAAUGAGGUUCUUGACCGAGCAAAAAUUGAAGCUGGAAAGUUAGAACUGGAAGCAGUUCUGUUCGACAUUCGAUCAAUACUCGACGACGUCCUAUCUCUAUUUUCCGAGAAGUCCAGACAAAAGGGUCUGGAGCUGGCAGUCUUUGUUUCUGACAAAGUACCAGAAGUUGUGAUUGGAGAUCCAGGAAGAUUCAGACAAAUUAUAACAAAUCUUGUUGGUAACUCUGUUAAGUUUACCGAAAGGGGACAUAUAUUUGUUAAAGUACAGCUAGCUGAGCACUCAAAAGGCUGCAUUGACUCAAAAUAUGUCAAUGGUACAUCAGACAGUGACUUGUUCAUAUCUGGUGGUCGUGAAUUUAAAACUUUAAGUGGAUGUGAGGCGGCUGAUGAUCAGAACAGUUGGGAUAACUUUAAACAUCUAAUUGCAGAUGAUAACUUCCAGUCGAAUACUGCUUCAAACAACACAGAAGUAGCCGACGAGUGUUGUGGUCAUGUUACUUUGAUGGUAAGCGUGGAGGAUACUGGAAUUGGGAUCCUUUUACAAGCCCAAGAUCGAGUUUUCAUGCCCUUCAUGCAAGCAGAUAGCUCGACCUCCCGAAACUAUGGAGGAACAGGUAUCGGCUUGAGUAUCAGCAAAUGUUUAGUUGAGCUGAUGGGUGGUCAGAUCAACUUCAUAACCCGGCCUCAGAUUGGAAGCACGUUUUCGUUCACUGCUGUUUUAGGGAAAUGCAAGAUAAACUCAAUCAAUGACAUGAAAAAACCCAACUCUGAAGAAAUUCCCCCAAGUUUUAGGGGAAUGAAAGCCAUAGUAGUUGACAGGAAACCAGUUAGAGCUUCUGUAACAAGAUACCAUUUGAAGAGACUUGGCAUCAUAGUUGAAGUCACCAAUAGCAUCAACUUGGCAGCUUCCUUUUGCAGAGAGAAUGGUUCCACAAUUCCAGGAAACACAAUCCUUCCAGAUAUGAUCUUAGUGGAAAAAGAUACAUUAACUUCUGAUGAGGAAUGUGGAAUCAUUCAUCAACUGAACUGGAAACAGAACGGGAGUUCGUUGAAGUUACCGAAACUAAUCCUUCUCGCUACGAACAUUACCACUACAGAAUUAGACAAGGCAAGGGCAGCAGGUUUUUCAGACACCGUGAUCAUGAAACCGUUAAGGGCAAGUAUGGUGGCUGCCUGUCUUCAACAAGCACUUGGGGUUAAGAAUCAGAGACGGGAAAGGUGCCUGCCAAAUGGUUCUUCUUUCCUCCAGAGCCUUCUCUGUGACAAGAGAAUCUUAAUUGUUGAUGAUAACCGAGUAAACCGUCGGGUCGCUGCAGGCGCUCUGAAGAAAUUCGGUGCAGAUGUUGAGUGUGCAGAUAGUGGGAAAGCUGCUCUGAAGUUACUUCAGCUACCACACAAUUUCGAUGCUUGCUUCAUGGAUAUUCAAAUGCCAGAAAUGGAUGGGUUUGAGGCGACUCGUCUUAUCAGGAUGAUGGAGAGCAAGGCAAAUGAAGUGGGAGGAUCUGCAGCAGAAGGCAAGUGGCAUGUACCGAUAUUAGCAAUGACUGCAGACGUGAUUCAUGCUACGUAUGAUGAGUGCCUGAAAUGCGGGAUGGAUGGCUACGUCUCGAAACCCUUCGAGGAAGAAAAUCUAUACAAGGAAGUAGCCAAGUUUUUCAAAAAACCAUAGCCCAUCAAAGGCUCGAUGAAUCACAAAAGUCCAUCAGCUGCAAUUCAAAGAAGCUGAGGCAAAAUCUCCAUUGCAGCAGACCUCCUUUUGGUGGGUUGGAAAGUGCCAGCAAGUUUUGACACCAUUGCUGGUGCUAACUGUCUUAUUACUGAUGACUCGGGAUCAAGUUCGACAGGGGCAUCGCAAAUUCUCAACCGCCAUUGCGAUUCAAGUUUAAGCCGUCACCGUUCCUAACUGAGUACCUACCUGUAAAAUACAACAGAAAUUUCCAUCCCCAGAUGGAUGUAUAAAUGGCUGCAAAGGGGGGAAGGAACUAAGAUGUAAAGUCUCAUAUUUUAAGACCUCUUCUAAUUAUCUUGAUAGUUGGUUUGGCUUAGGACUGUCUUUUGGCUAAAUAGUUACAUCAAGCUCAUUCACAAGUUUAUUGAACAUAAAAGGUUGGAAAUCUGUAAUUACAGUAUAAGAACUUUUAAGUAUGUGUUCUAAUAUCAAAGCUAUGAAACGAGGUCCUACGAGGCGAAACUAA